CAGUUCCUUGGGAAUGGUACAAAGCUGCUGGUGCACGCAAGGUGAUCGAGUUACAACGGUCAGAUGCGUUGAAUGAUGAUGGCGUGAGGACGACCACGUCGAGUCCGUCGGAAUCCGGGAUUGAUGAGGAGGAGAGGUUAUCACCUAUGACGAGACGGGAUGAAGCUAUCGAUCAGCUAGAGAUGAUGGAGAACAUUGCGUUGCUGUCCUGCUUUGCUGGACCUCUUGUCGGAGGGCUACUUUUGCACUGGAUUCGGACUGCGUUGUCGAGGAGUUCGGAAGGUAUGGUCAGUAACUUCAACAUCACGCUCUUCGUGCUGGCCGCGGAGAUGAGGCCCAUGAGUCAGGCCAUGAAGUUACUGGAGAGGAAGACGCUACAUCUGCAGACGUUGGUACAUCAGCCUCCCGCUGGGCGUGUUACCAGACUCAUCGGCCAGGUGGAGGAUUUGCAGAAAUCCUUGAGAGAAGUCAGCGCUACGGUCUCGGCAUUCGAGUCGGAGAAACUGGUAGCGGAUGCAAGGGAGGGUGUCAGACCUGAUUUGGAGGCUGUUCAACGCGCGGUGAGGAGAUACGAGAAGAAGGAGGCGAUGCACCGCGCUCACGCGGAGGAGCGGAUUGCGGCGAUCGAGAGGAAGAUGGAUGAUGUGAUGGAGGUGAUUCUCAAGAGCGAGAAAACAAUGACCCGGCAGUGGUCUACCAUAGGUGUGUUGUUCGGUUACAUCAGGCAGCUCGCGCUUUUGCCGCUCAUGUUAACACUGUCACUAUUGAGUCUGCCCUACAGGGCGGUUCACGGCGGCGUACGUAUGAUUACAGGAGCUGGAAGGAAGGGGCAUGGAAGGAGGUUGCUGCGUGCGAGUGAACACGAGUACGAGAUCGGGGAUACUGGGACGCGGGUGAGCAGAAGGAGUUAAUUCUGAGUUUGCCGACUGGAUCGAUGGCGACAUCAGCGUAGGACUGCAGCUGCCGAGGAGGGUUAAGCGACCCGCAGAAAAAGGGCGACUCGAAGGACAAGCUAGGCAGCUGGGGAUCAGGAUAGUCUGCGAUCAUAAUUUAUUCCCAUUUUAAGGAAUUUCCAAGCGUUAAGGUUC